CAAUGAAGAAAAAACUGAAGGAUUAAAUUUUCCUAGCAAAAAGUUUAAGCUUAAUAGCUCCAAAAUAAAUAAAUUAAAACAAUUUUAUUCUACUGAAUUAAAUAUUCCAAAGUUAAGAAUAAAG